AUGGUUCGAGUUGAUCGAGGUUUGGCUUAUUUCUAGAAAACAUUUUGAAAUAGAAUCAAGAAUUUUCGCCGGUAGAGAAAAAUGAAAUUUUUUUGAUCUACCCGAGGAGCGCCCACCGGGAAUCGAACCGGUGACCUUGAGAUUGCCAGCAGCCAACACUGCCACUGAACUACCUCACAUCUAGAAUAUCCAGAAAAUCAGAAUUUUUGUCCACCCAAAAAAAAUCGAUAACAAAUUUCAGACUCUGAAAUUAAUUUAUAGGGCUCCAAAAUGUUUAAAGAAAAACUUCAAAGUUUUUUUUUUCAGACCUAAAACGUUGCUAUUUUUAUCGCAACAAAAUCGUUGGAGAUGUACAUAAACCUCAAACCUCAACAUAUUCCCAAAAAAUCCAAGAAAAUUCAGACAACGAGCAAAAAAUUGAUAUCAUUCGUAAGUUAAAGACCAAAAAAAUAGAAAAAAAUAUACAUAAUAGGAUCAAUUUUUUUAGCAUAUAAUCCACAUUUUCGUAGACAAAGGUCCAGAAGAGAGAGCCGUCAUAAAUCUCGAAGAAUAAGGUAUUCAAUUAAUUUAUUUUCCAGGAACAAGGAAAAAUAUGGAAAAAUGACUAGCUUAUUUGUUUUUUUUUACAGUUGGAGUCGAGAAGCUGAUAGAGUUCGAACAAUUUCACCAAGAAGUGAACCAGAUCAAGAAUUUCCUAGAAGUUUUGUGGAAAGACCUAGGAGUUUUUCAGAAAAUCAGAUUUUUGAGAGUAGUAAGUUUUUGAAAAAAAUCUGGGAAAAAAUCUGGAAUUUAUUUUCAGAACCUCCGCUUCAACCAAAAAAGAAAAUUGUGAAGAAGAAGAAAAAGAAAAAGCCUACAAUUGAACCAAUUGAACAAUACGAUGAUCCCAGAAUAUUCUACCCAAGAAAAACAUCUCAAGAACCUGUGAAGCCUAGAUCUACUUCCAGAUCUAGAUCUAGAUCGAAACCCAAACCCAAAACCAAACCGAAAAAUGAGAAUUUAAUCCGACAACAAAGAGUAAGUAAAAGUAAGAAAAAUCACACAUUCCCCUUGUCAAUCAUAUAUUUUCAAAACCAAAAUCAAAAAACAAAUUUUGUUGUUUUUUUUUUUGCUUGACAGCCGAUGGAUCCAAAGAUAAUAAUGAUGAGCAAAAAAACGUGUGAGAUAUUUCGAGAGUAGAGUUGAUGUAGUUUUUUGAUAAGACAAAGUUUUAGUUUGUUGAUUUUUUCAGGGACCAAGGGAAUUUAUAGCAAGUAAUGUACAAAAAUAAAGCAAAUUCAGAAUUUUUGUAAAUUUAUUCGAGAAUCUUUUACCUUUGAUAAUAUUAUGUAAAAAUAGUAAUAACCUAUAUAAAUCCGAAUUUCCAGACUUGAAUUUAUAAAUUCUAAUACUGAGAUCCAGAUUCAAUUUCAGGAUAAACGAUAUGCAGCCCAAAAGCUGGAACAGAAAAAGCGAACACCUUCAAAAAACCUGCGAAAAUCAAAAUCUGAAUCAAAUUUGAGAUCAGGACAAAAACCACCAGUUAAAGAUUCUCUGAUGAAAAAAUCAGAAGCGGUAAUAGUUUCUCCUAGAUCCCAAUAUUUUUCAUUUUUUUUCAGAAACAUAAAAAGAAGCCGCAUCAAAAUCCUCCAAGAUGGCGUGACAUUGGUGAUAGAAAUCGACGUGAGAAAAAUGUGAAUAAAUUGUCGCAUUCGUAUUUGUCUGAUUAUUAUUUUUGAAAAAAAAAUUGAGAUGAUAUUUUGGGUAAUAAAAUUGUUUCUAUUUUUAGCUUCAGGCUACAACGUUUUGUUUUGUUCCGGAUGUAACAAUGACAAAUAAAACAGCUGAAUACAAGUUGUCAUAACAACAAAAAAAAGAGUAUGGGAUUUUUUAUGGAAGGAAUUUUUGGUGAUAUUUUGAUUUUUUAAGGGUUUCGUUUUUUAUCUGAACUUUUUGAAGGUUUUAAUUUUUCAAAAUUUAUUUGAAAUAUUUUUACCCCGUAUAUUUUUGUCAAAUAUUUCUCCUCCUACAAAACAAAUUCAUAUCAGAUGUUCUCAAAAUCCACUUUCUUUCUCAGAAUCCAGGACAAAAAACAAAAACAAAAUAACAUCAUAAAAAAUUGCUCGAAAUUUCUAUUCUGCAAAAUGUUCCAUACAUUCUUUCGGAAAUAAAUAAUCUUCCAAAAAAUAAUCGUUUUUCACUCAUUCAUGUUGUUCUUUUUGUGGUGCAACAAAAAGAGCAAAAAAGUAUAUGAAAAUCGUUUUUGCAAAUUUCAAGCAGUGCGGGGAAAAUUGUGUGUUGUUCCAGUGAACUUCUAGGGAAAAAAUUAAUUUCCGUUAACUCACAUUCACAUUAUCAAGAAUUGGCUUUUCAGAUAUUUUUAUUUUCAUGCAGAUUGGUUUCGGUGGUUGGCUGGUUUUGAAGAAUAUUAGUUCUAAAAAUCUUCAAAACUGAAACAUUCAAGAUCAAAAACACAUUUAAACUGAAAUUCAGAAUAUAGCGAUUGUUUCAUUCUUCAUGAAAUCUCAAAAAAUGUAUGUAGUUUGAACCCUACAAUCUUGUGAAAUCUCUGAAACUUGAAAAACAUUUCUCGAUUUGCUGUGUUUCAUAUAACCGGCAAUGUCCAAUCCUAAAUACGGUGUUCAAAGUAAAAAAUAUAACAAAAAAUGCGAAAAUAUAUCGUCCAAAGUCUAGCUGUCUGCGUCUCUCGAAUAUACACACUAUUUCUCUGUUUCGUGUCUGCGUGUCUCGAACAGACACACUGUUUCUCUGUUCUGUAUUUCGAAUAUAAGGUGAGCUUUGGACGAUAUAUUCUUGCAUUUUUGCUUUAUUUUUUACUUUGGACAUCGCAUUUUUUAAUUUUUUUCAAAAUCUUCAACUUUCUGAAAUUUCUUCAAGUUCUUCCAAUUCCAUUCCAAAAAAACUCAACAUUCUAUCUAGUUUGUAGCCUUGCGAAAUCUAAAAAGGUACCAACCACCCAUAAAAAGUUAUGAAAAUAAUACGAAUCUUACGCCAAUAGGAAAUGUAUUGGCUACUUUACUUCCGGUCACAUUUUGCCCUCUUCUACUCAAUUUCACUCAUAGUUUUUUUGGCCGUGCUCCCUUCUGCUUCAUAACAUUUAUUUUUUUGGGAGCAAAAACGUUGCUCGGAGACACUUUUUUUUCCAAUUUUUUUUUUCAAAGAAAAUGAAAAUGCGUGGUUUUUUUUGUGUUGAAUAGUAGUGGUUUUUGAACAAUUUUUUUUUGUUUGACUCAUGAUUUUUUUUGUCUGUGGGGUGGAAAUUGGGGGGGGGUGGUCUCUUCAUUUCACAUUAUCUCUAAUGAACUUAUGACAAGUAUUUUUGAUUUUUGCAGCUUUUUAUGUGAAAUAUUAUAGGGUAAUUCAAGUAGAAAAAUUAUGUUAAAAAUAUUUUUUUCACAAAAAAAUUAUUUUCAAAAAAUUUCAUGUUUUUCCGCAGAAACAAUAAAAAAUCUUGAAAAAACAAAAAAAUUGUUAUUGAUUCCUAAAACUCAUGAACUUCCUGUUGAACUUUUUUACAAAAUCUAAUAUGCAAAGCUCGUAAACAGUCACAAUUAUGUUCCAUUAACUUUCUCAAAUUUUUUUCGGUAGAUAAAAAAUAUUCUUCUCUAAAUCUCUUAUAUUUCCAAACUCUGGAACAAUUUCAAAUUCUGUUCUUUCAGGGCAUAUAACAUAACAUGUUUAAUGGGUUGCGAUCUAUCAACACCUCGAUUCAACAAUACAAGUGCAUUUGGAAAAGUUCAUCCUGUUGAGGUAUUUAUUUUUUUUCUGCAAAACAUUUUCAAGCAAUUUCAUUUCAGUCCAUAAAUCCCACGCCUAUAAAACCGGUGGAAAUAAAAAGUAUAAAAAGCGCACCAACCCUCAAUCGACAAAGUUCACUUCAACCUUCAACAGAAAAUCAUAAGGUGACUAUUUUUUUUUUGCAUAUCACAUCAUAUAUAAUUAGUUUUUCGAGUUAGUCAGACUGAGAAAAAUCUCAUUUUUUUGUUAUAUUCGUUUUUUCUUUUUCUUUCUAGCCUCCCUAUUGAUUUCGCGUGUUGCCAGGCGAAAUCUUUUUUUUUUUGCUUUUUUCCAGGAAGAAAAAUCGGGAAAAAUGUCUAAUCCUAUUUUUGAAAAAAAAAUGUUCUUGUUUUGUUGGUUGGAUGUAAAUAUUUAUUUUUUUUUCUAGCGUCCAUUGACAAGAUCAUCGUCUAUUGGCUCAAUGUUGGAGAAUCGACCACCGAGUGGGAUUUCAAAGUAGGUUACCUUUUUUGAAACAUUUAUUUUUCAAAAAAUUGAAUUUGGAGAAUUUAGGGAAAACAAAAAUUUACGGAGAUAUAGGAUUUUGAAAAAACAAGGAAUCCUUAUUAGAGAUCAGUAAUUAACAUAACUCGAAGCACUUAAAGCAUUUUUUCCUAAUUUCAAAUUCUCGGUGAGUCAGCGUAAAUCAAAGACAAUUCUCAUGUUUUUCUCAUUGAGAGUGUGAAUUUAAGUUUUUUGAAAAGAAUUUUUUCUUGAGUUACCCUCAUUUUUUCCAGAAGUUUUUCCAGAAGCUUUCCCCAUUUGAAUAUCAAAAAAAAAGCAAUUAUCUUUUUCCCCCAAUUGAAGAAUUUUUAAAAAAAAUCGCACCAUAUAAAUUCUCAGAAGUAAUUAUUUUGCAGUGCGUCAUAUUCUCGUGUCUACCGCUCAAAAAAUAUACUCAACCGACGAUAUACAAUUGAUACAAGUAGAUCAAAAUCAAAUCAACCGGUUGUUUCAUUAUGUGCAAAGAAAAUAGGAAUUAUUGAAUAUCCUGAUGGGAAUCCUGAAAGAAAACCAUGCGAUGUUUAUUGGCACAAUGUUGUUUAUAAUGAUCUCAAUAAAUUGAUCACUUCCCCUAAUUCGAAAGUCAAUAAGUUUCCAGGUACUUGAACAGUUUUUUUUUCAUUUUUUCCAAGUUUUUCACUUCGAGUUUUCUAGGCAUGACAGAAUUGGCGAAAAAAAUCUCGUUGACUCACGCAAUAUCAUCAAUGCAGAAAUUGUUUCCUGAUGAAUAUGCGUUUUAUCCAAAAUCAUGGUUUCUGCCAGCUCAUUUGAAUGAUUUUCACGCGUAUUUUCAUGGGAGAAAUCGAAAGGAGAAUAGGGAGAGGGAGGAGAUGUGGUUUAUUGUGAAGCCAGAUGAAGGUGCACAAGGAACGGGUAUUUAUUUGAUCAAUAAUCCUGAUCAGAUUCGAGAUCCUGCACAGAAACAACUUGUACAAGUAAGUCUAGGGUUUACAAAAUUUUAUUGAGUUGAAGAAGUAAUAAUUUAAAAAUCGCUUGAACUUCCAGUAAUGUUCUCAGAGUCAAAGUUCUGAUUUUUCCGGUUCAAAAAAUUUGAAAUUUUACGGAUUUUCCGGUUCUAAAAACCCUUUCCGGUGGUUUUUCAAAAUCCUGGUUCAUAACACAACGCCCCCACAGUUUCAUAAUUAAAAUCAAAAAUAAUAUAAUCUCUGUUUCAAAACUAUCUCACACAGUUAGCUUAACUUCAGAAAAACAUCUGAAAAAGGCUCGACUCAAAACAUUAGAAAAUUUUCCAGGAAUACGUUGCUGAUCCUCUUCUAAUGAGUGAUCAAUUAAAAUUCGAUUUCCGAGUAUAUGGAGUUAUCAAAAGUAUCAACCCACUUUCAAUAUAUGUGGCUAGAGAGGGAAUGGCGCGAUUCUGCACAGAAAAAUAUGAGAAACCCGACUCUUCAAACUUCAAAAACCUAUAUGCACAUCUCACAAAUUAUUCAUUAAACAAAGCAAACGAUUCAUAUGUGCACAGUCAUUCACUAAAAGAUCAAAUUAGAGGUGAACAAUUUUCCUCUUGAAAAAAAUUUAGAGUUGUAUUUUCAGGGAGCAAACGAUUAUUGUCUACAGUAUUUCAUCAACUGGAGAGUCGUGGAGUGAAAACAAAAAAAUUGUGGCAUGAUAUAAAAUUGAUUUUGGUGAAGACAACGUUGGCGAUGCUGCCAGAAAUUAUGUUGCAUUAUGAACAUCAUUUUUAUGAUAAUGCUGGACCACAAUGCUUUCAGGUAAGUGAAAAAAUCUGAAAAAUAUUAUUUUGGAAUAUAGUCAAUAAACAAUUUCAAGCUAGGUAGUUGAGAUCCUUUAAAAACUCGUGGCCGCUUAAGAUUUCAAUAUCAGACUUACCAUAACUCCCGUUUAUCCCCACAUCAUCUAUCUUUUUCCAGAUCAUGGGCUUCGACAUUCUGAUAUGUGAAGAUGGCCGUCCAAUUCUUCUCGAAGUCAAUUCCGCCCCAUCUCUCACUGCAGAUCACAUUGUCCCAUUUCCCGGAAAAUCUUUAGCCGAUGGUGGACAACGUGUUAGAAGUGUUGUUGAUGAAGUCAUCAAAGUUCCAUUGGUCCGAGACACACUUCUACUAGUUUUAGGGCUUCUCGAUGAAGAAUAUGCGCAGUAUGUAUUUUUUUUAUAAAAAAAAAUAAUAAUCAUCAUCAUUCGAAAAAAAAGUUGUUUCAGAACCACUGAAGAAACCAAAUCAUUGGAUGAUUUUCAAACAAUCAAACAAAAACGAAAGCCACAUUUGAGCGAGAUUUUUCCGACGAGAUACGGUGCACAUAGUGGUCAUUUAUUAUUUUUAGAUAAGGCAAUGUAUAUUUAUAUGCAAUUUGUACAAUUGAGAAAUAAUGUGAAUAUUACGAAUGCGGGGUUGAAACAAUUUGUGAGGAAGUGUAAUUUGACUGAUGUUCUUCCGAUUAAUGAAGUUGAUCCAAAGAUUGAAGAGAUUAAUUAUUAUUUUACUGGAGAUCGACAUACAAGUUUUAAUGGUAAGGGGAAUUUUGAGAAGAUGUAAUUUAAAAAUUAAAAAAUUUUCAGGUUUACCAUUCCACGCAUUUUUGAUGUUCCUAUUCUUUGUUGCUGAUCGAAAAUUCUACCUUGAAACUGACACAAUGUCAAAAGUCCAAAGAUUAUUAUCAUUCUGUGAUAUGAGUCUCCGACAUUAUGGAGUAAGAUCUGCUCGAUUGCGAAGAGCUGAAGUUGACUCAAUCAAAGAUGGCGUUGGGUAAAUUUUCAGUUUCGUUCUGAUUCCAAAUAAACUUAUUUUAAUUCUAGAAAUGUGGAAAUCUACAUGCUACCUGGAAGAAUGCAAAAUCGUCAAAAAAUUGUUCGAAAGAAACCAUUGUUUAUGGAUGCCAAUGCGAAUCAUUUGCCAAAAAUUAUUGAAAAAUCUGCUAGAUAG